CAGGAGAGAUAUACAUGUGCACCUGUGCGAUUCAGAAUCCCCGGGCUUCGGCAACUAUGAAUCGGGAAGAGCAUUUCUACUCACCUGCACAGCUCUACAAAGACCCCUGUGCCUACCAGAGACCACAGAGCGAAGACUUCAGCCAGAGCCCGCCACCGUGUCUCUAUAUGGGCCGACAGACUCAGCACGUCUACGCCUCGCCCUCCGUGGGCACCCUUGAUCAGACGUGCCUGCCUGAUAUUGCUUCAUACAGCAUACCCAUGCGAGAAGACCCGGUCGCCCAGCACUUGCAGCACCCCCAGGCCCCAGCGGCCCACCUGCAUCCAGUCGGAGGCUACGGAGACCCCCCUGACCUCUGCGCCGACCGGAACAGAUACCACUUACCUUUUCCUUGGAUGAAGUCCACAAAGUCUCACGCGCAUACUUGGAAAGGACAGUGGACAGGCCCCUACAUGGUAGAGGUGGAGGAGAACAAGAGGACGCGGACGGCUUACACGCGCGCCCAGCUGCUGGAGCUCGAGAAGGAAUUCCUUUUUAACAAAUACAUCUCGCGGCCAAGGCGCGUGGAGCUGGCGCUGACGCUAAGCCUCACCGAGAGACACAUCAAAAUCUGGUUCCAGAAUCGCCGCAUGAAAUGGAAGAAAGAGGAAGACAAGAGACGGGCAAGGACCGGGGACCCCGAGCAGGAUUCCUCCAUUACCUCCGCGGACCUGAAGGACGACCCUUGCGUCCCGGCGGCACCGACCUCACCUUUGCAUGGUUUGGGUUCCUCGGUCCCCCGCGACGCAGCGUAAAAACAGAUCAGUACAAAAGACUCGCCGUGUUGUAGAACACACGUCCACAUACCAUAGGCUACACUCAGUGCUGUCUGAUGAAUACUGCUGACCAGCGCAUCAUGUGUGACUAACCUUGCCUUUGGAGAAUGCGUCCAUUUAGGGGACUUUUGGCCAGUACGUAACCAUGAAUAAACCUCCGAUCUCCAUAGGAUACUGUAUUGACGGCAGAGGGCAGUGUACACAUGCAUAGGCCUACAGAAGAGAAGUCCUGAAGUGUUAGCGUUGGAGUUCAAUGUCUCAAAUAAGAACACAGCACUUCGCUUCCUUGUGUGAAACUAGUGAAUAGCCUACUUUUCAGUCGGCAAAAGAAAUACCAUCAUUUUGAUCCUGUAAUGUAUCCUGUAAUUCCUGUAAUUUUGUUUAUACAUUUCAAUGUAAUAUUAAUAUUUGUAUUUAAAUAUUCUAUCAAGUCUGCUUUCUAAAAUAACCAUCUUUCAUUCCACACAGGCUAUUUAAAAUAUUUGAUUAAUCCAAUAAAAUGUACAAAGCGCUCCCUGG